AUGGUUGGGUUUGGACGCGACCAAGCCCAACCCCGCGUUGGGUCUGGGCAUGUCCACGCCCAACCCCGUGUUGGACUUGGACGCGACCAAGCCCAACCCCACAUUGGGCUUGGACGCAGCCACGCCCAACCCCGUGUUGGUCGUGGACGCAUCAACGCUCAACUCUGCGUUGAGCCUGGACUCACAAGCCUGACCAUUGCUCCUGCUCAUGAAUGCCAUCCAAUUCCACGUAGGCAGUUAGCCUACGAGGAUGAACUGAGUGAUGAUGAGGAAUAUGUCGAACACAUGUUUCGACACAAUCACCAGGGACAUCGCAAUGUGGGAGGGCGAGAACUGCAAACAUUCCGUAUGAAAAUGGAUUUACCCAGUUUCAAUGGUCAGUUGCAAAUAGAGGGGUUUCUUGAUUGGCUGGCAGUAGUUGAAAGAUUCUUCGACUACAUGGAAAUCCCUGAAGAUAAAAAGGUAAAAUUGGUUGCUUACAAAUUAAUGGGAGGAGCCUCUGCUUGGUGGGAGCAGCUGCAACUCACGCGGAUGCGACAUAGAAAAGGGAUGGUACAAACAUGGGCAAAUAUGAGACGACUUCUACGAGCCAGAUAUUUACUACCAAAUUAUGAACAGGUCCUGUUUCAACAAUAUCAGGAUUGCAUACAAGGAAACAGAACAGUGCAAACAUAUGUUGAAGAAUUCCACAGAUUAUCCUCACGUAAUAAUCUGUCAGAAACUGAUGCGCAACAAGUCAGCAGGUUUGUUGGUGGUCUAUGUUUGACUAUACAGGAUCGGGUCUCCAUGCAAACCAUCUAUUCGUUAACUGAAGCCAUCAACCUGGCUACAAAGGCAGAGGCACAACUGGAAAGGGCAAAGUCGAUAGCUGGAACGAGAAGCUCUUUUGAUCCUAAUCGGGCUGCAAUAGACAAAGGAAAGUUUCUAGCUUUUCAACCACUGCCCAUCAAUACUUCCAAAGGACCAAACAGUAACGGGGCACCCUUAAGGAUUGGAGGAGCGAUAGAAGCACCUAGAAAUUCUUAUGCUCUUCCAUCGUCAGAUAAAUGCUAUAGAUGUGGGCAGCCAGGGAAUCGCUCCAAUCAAUGUCCCAGACGGAGCACAGUGAACCUAAUAGGACCAGGGGAGGAACCAGAUUUAACAGCAGAAGGAGUAGAGGAUGAAGUAGCAUACACCUAUGAAGAGGAUGAAGUCAUAGGGGGAGAUGAGGGAGAGUUAUUGUCAUGUUCCCUAGUAGUUAGAAAACUACUACUGGCACCAAGACAGAUAGAACAAUCACAGCAGCACAACAUAUUUCGAACCAGGUGCACUGUGAACAAAAAGAAACAUCCAUCACCAUAUAAGAUCGGCUGGAUCAGACAGGGUGCAGAAGCAAGGGUCACUGAAAUUUGCCGCAUUCAAUUCUCCAUUGGGCAAAAUUACCUAGACAAAGUUACUUUUGACGUAGUUGAAAUGGACGCAUGUCAUAUAAUUCUAGGCAGACCGUGGCAGUUUGAUGUGGAUGCUAUAUACAAGGGGCGUGAUAAUGUGUAUAUCUUCAUGAAUAAAGGGCAGAAAGUCGUUUUGGGUCCAAUAAAAGAAGAAUUUUCUGUAGUCGAACCGAAAACUAAAGGGAAGCUAGUGCUUUUGGUCGAUGGGGAAAAAUUUAUGGACGGAGCCAAGAAGAUAGGAGAGCUUUUUGCAGUAGUAAUUGGGGGAGGAAUCAGAACCGAACUUCCCAACAUUCCACAUGACCUACAACCCUUACUAGCAGAGUUUCAGGAAAUCAUACCAUCAGAGCUACCAGAUGGAAUACGGGUGCGCGAUAUUCAGCACCAGAUUGAUUUAACUCCAGGGGCUAGUCUGCCAAAUCGACCCUAUUAUCGGAUGAGUCCGAAAGAGAGUCAGAUCUUACAAGAGCAGGUAGAAGAACUGAUCAGUUCUACCCGCUCAGAAAGGGACUGGUUCAGGAGAGUAUUAGUCCUUGCGCGGUGCCAGCCUUGCUAG